AUACUGAUGAGAGGCCUGUGAAGAAGACUACAUCCAAGACAAAACCUGAAGAACAACCAACCACAACGCGUCAAGUGCAACGCGCGCCAGCCAUGCUCAUUACCUCAGGACCAGCGCUCGUUGUACUUGAACCGGGAAAACAGUUAGAAGGUGGCACCCUUGUUUGGGCUAAAGCAGACACGUAUCCAUGGUGGCCUGCAGUUGUUUGGGAACCAGAUGACCCAAAGAUUCCGGAAGACGUCAGGAAGAAGAAGCCUCGAGAUAAUUCGCGUCAUAUUGUACAAUUUUUUGACCCCACAUCGUCUUGGACAUGGGUUACCAUUGGCCAUAUGUUAUUAUUGGGUGAGGAUGAUGGGGUCGACGCUUCGCUACUUUCCCCAACUUCGACGGUCCAAAAGUGGAAAACACACAGGAUUAAGAAACAAUGUCGGGAAGCUUUCCAACGCGCCUUGGCAGAGAUGGAAACGGAUGCAGAUAAACUUGCUCAUGAAACAGAAGAUCUUGCGACGGAGGUCACAAUUUCUGAUUCUUUAAAGGAGCAAGGUUCUGCCGAUGUCGAUACGGGUACUUCAGUUGAGCAAGGUUCUGCCGAUGUCGAUAUGGGUACGAUAGUUGAGCAAUUAGCAUCAGCAUCAUGAUCGAGGGCUUCUCUCUGUGCUGAUGCCCAGAUGAGGGUUCAAACCGUUCACGCAUGAAAGGUUAAUGUAUGUUAUGUAAAUUUGUCCAUAAUUGUCCAAUGAUUGGAUGCGUUUUGAAUCGCUUCGAAGUUCCCACCAC